AUGGCUUCCUCCGAUGUCCUGUCGCAGACCCUCUUCACCAUCACGAACGUGAAGCUCGACCAGCUCCACAAGCAAAAGCGAGCCUACGAGCAGUCUAAGCAGGCUCUCUUGGAAGAUGCGGCCCUCGAGACCGACCACCGAAAGCGGGCAAAGCUGCUCGUCGAAAGAGCAGAGAGCCUCCCCUUCAUGUCACAGAUCGCCGACAGCCGCCUGAUCUCCAUCGCCAACCUCAAGCGCUUCGUCGACCAGGCCGAGUUCGACCCCUGUAUAUCGGCGGACUUCGUUCGCGGGUACGAGAACGCCGUGCGGCAGAGCCUGGACGUGGAAUCGACAAAGUAUCGCUUCGCGGAGCUGUACGGGAAGCUGGUGAAUGAGUGGGUGUCUGAUGGCAAGUCGGACGACCAGGGCUCGGAGGCGAGCUUCGUUCCGGUCGGACGGGAGGAGAUGCACCAGCAGCGGGCGACGUGGGAGGACUACGUUUUCAAGGCGAAGGAGACGGACGAGGCCGCCAUCACCGAGUACCUGGAGCAGCUGUUCUGCGAGUCGUCAAAGGACGUCCGUCGCGCAUUUGUUCACUUGAAGGAGGACAUCGAAAAGUUCCAAAAGUCGUGGGAUGAGAAGACGACGCACUUUGAUGAGGACUCUCUGGGCAACACCAUCCGCGGGCUCCUCCGGACAGACACCCUCACCGAUCAGAAGAGGACGAUCCUGAACGACUUCCUUAACAACAAGGUCGUCCUGCGCGAAAUCGCAGACGUCCUUAACAUGCGGAUGCAGACCCGGAGAGAGUGGGCAUGGGACGGCGACAGCAUCAUCGACCAGCGACGACAGCUCAACGGACGGUACCGGUUCUUCCCCGACGAAGACCUCCUGCAGUCCAUCUUCAUCCACCACGUCGGGAUGCAGUGGGCCGUCAGGAUGCGCGCCCUCCUCGUCAGGUUCAUGCGAGAGCACGGCGUCGAGAAGGCCGCGGCCAGGCGCAUGAGCAAGGAGGAAGUCCGUCGGCGGAGGUACUUCCUCAGGACGACGAACGUCGACGACGACGGGUCCGUGGAGAAGAAGCUCGCGGGCCACUUCCACGACGAGAUCUUCCUCGACCAGCUGCCGGCUUCCGCGGAGGAGAAGAGGGGCGGGUACAGCUCCAGCAACGACCGUCUCGAGGAGGAGGACGACACUCGUAAGUCGCACACGGCCGUGGUCCAGAACCUACUGCAUCUCAUCCAGUCCGAGAUCAUCAUCCACCAGCGCCUCGGCAGCGACAUCACCGUCAUCCGGUCCGACCUGAAAUGGUUUGGCCCCAGCGUGCCGCACUCGUCCAUCUUCGCCGUCCUGCGGUUCUUCGGCGUGCGUGACGACUGGAUCUCCCUCUUCCAGCGCAUCCUCGAGUGUCCCCUCCGCUUCGCGCAAGAUCCCCCCAGCACCCCGGCGCAGAUCCGCAGGAGAGGCACGCCCCUGAGCACGCCCCUGGCGGACUUCAUCGCCGAGACGAUGCUCUUCUGCAUGGACUUCGCCGUCAACCAGAACGGCGACGGCUGCCGGCUCUACCGCCUCCACGACGACAUGUGGCUCUGGGGCGGCCAGGAGACGUGCGCGCGGGCGUGGAGGACGAUGAGCGAGUUCGUGGAGAUGAUGGGGCUGGAGUUCAACGAGGACAAGACGGGCAGCGUGCACAUCAGGGCGGCGGAAGCGGAAGCGACGGCGGCAGCCAAGAGCGAUCACGUAAAGGGGCUUCCCAAGGGGGACGUCGUGUGGGGAUUCCUCCAGCUCGACCCGGCGUCCGGGCGCUUCGUCAUCGACCAGCGCAAGAUCGACGCGCACAUUGACGAGCUCCGCCUGCAGCUGGAGGCGUGCGGCAGCGUCUUCGACUGGAUCCAGGCGUGGAACAUUUACGGCGCGCGCUUCUUCGGGACCAACUGCGGCCAGCUCGCCAACUGCUACUCCCGCGCGCACGUGGACAGCAUGCUCGCGACGUUCCACCGCAUACAACGCCGGCUGUUUGGCGAGGACAACGGCGGCGGCGACGACAGCGACGAGAACCAGGUCGGCGGGGGCAGCGCCGGGGCGAGGCUCAAGCGGAUGGUAGGCGAGAGGUUUGGCAUUACGGACAUCCCUGACGGGUAUCUGUAUUUCCCCGUCUCGCUUGGUGGUCUGGGGUUGAAGAACCCCUUUGUGCCCCUCUAUCUCAUCCGCGAGGCCGUGGCGGAGGACCCUCACGAGAUCAUGGACAAGUUCCUCGAGGAGGAGGAGGCGGAGUACCGGGCACACAAGGCGCGGUACGAGGACAUGGACGCGGUGGAUAGGGGCUCGUGGUGGCACAACGACGACUUCACGGACCUCAGGGACGAGCCGUUCAUGAGCUUCGAGGAGUUCACGCGACACCGGCGGCGCACGUCGGCGAGCCUGGGCCGGGUGCUGGACAGGCUGCGGCAGCUGCCGGAGGCCAAGGGGAUCGAGCUGGCGGGCGACGUGGAGGCGGCGCUGGGGUCGACGCCGGCGGGCUGGUACGGGCUCGGCGGGUACGAGCAGUGGAUCUGCGGGCUCUACGCGAAGGACAUGAUCGCGAGGUUCGGCAGUCUUGUGAUUGUGGACAAGGGGCUGCUGCCCACGGGGCUGUUGGACAUGCUGAGGCAGAGCCGGUUCAAGUGGCGCGGCUGA